AACCGAACGAUUAUCUAUCAACCGACGGAUGAGGACGAAGAAAAAUCAAUACACGCGAUUGUAUUCGUCUUUUUAAAAUGAGAACGUGACAAAACAUUUAAUCCAUCGAAAGAAACCAUUUUUAUUUAAAAAAAAUAUCUGCAAAGGUUUGAUGCUCAUUUUUUAUUUAUUUACAUAGUGAUGAAUUUUCUCAUAGUUACGGCGUGGUAGAACAUUCUGCGCGUUGAUUAUCUGCUUUUUCUGCAAAUUAUACCUGUUAGAGAUUCUUGUUGUGUAAGGUCAAGAUUAUACAUUAUACACCAACAUAAUUAUAAGUUAAAAUGGAAGAAAUGAAUGGGGAGCUUUACGGGGAUGGGUUAGUAAGCCUUGAUGAAGGAUCCUUGGAGUCCACUGAUAAUGGGAAACAGGAGCAAAAUUGCAAAAUUUGCGACAAUAAGCUAUGUAGUCCACGGGUGUUGUCUUGCCUUCAUGUAUUCUGUGAAGCUUGCAUUGAUAAGUUGAUGGUUAAUGAAGCUGGAGAUUCUCUAAAAUUUGAUCUGGCUGUUGAGUGCCCAAUAUGCAAGCAAGAAACCAAGAUCCCUGGAGGUGGAGCUUCCUCACUCCCUUCUGAUUACCUGCUUACCAACAUCUUGGAUGUGUCGGCUAUGGACCAGUCUGUUGUGUGUACUUGCUGUAAGAGCAAGGAACCUGCUGUCGCUAGGUGUACCGAUUGUUCUCAUUUCUUAUGUUCCAACUGCAAUUCUGCUCAUGAGUUUAUGAGGUGCUUCGAGAAUCACCGGGUCGUUCCAUUCGACGCGCUCAGGUCCUCCAAGGAGAAGUCUGCCGUGCAUAAGCCGAUUUUCUGCACUCGUCACGUUGGAGAAAGUCUUAAAUUCUAUUGCUGCGAGUGUGAGGUCGGGGCUUGUACUGAGUGUCUUACUGUAGACCACAAAGUUGGUGAACAUCGCUGUGAGCGCAUUGUUGAUGCGGAGCCAAAUCUGCGGGCUGAAUUACGCAACUUUAUAGUCGAAGCCAAUGCCCGCGCAGCGGCCGCUGGUAGUGCCUCAGCGCGCCUUGACGAUGCUCUCGGAGACCUGCAGCGCCAACGCGAUGAUGCCGAAGCAGUUAUAAACGAAGCUUUCCAUGCCUACAAGGCUGCUCUUGAACGACGCCGCGAAAAAGCUCUCGAAGAACUCGAGCGUCUUCAUAAAGAAAGGGAGCUUAAAGUGAUGGAUUUAUUUGAUCGUGUCGACAAAACUGUUCAGCGUAUCGAUUGCGCUUGUAAGUUUACUGCGAGGCUACUGCGUCGCGGUGAUGGUACUGAAAUAGUCAUGCUAAAGAAAACUGUGGCUUCUCAAUUUGCGCGUCUGUUGGAGGGAGCACCUGAGUUUGAUGUCGAUUAUUCUUUGGAGUUUGUCACCAAGAUGGAUAAGUUUGAUGCAGUCACAGAAGAAACAUUUGGAACAUUCCGUACUGAAGCAACCCGUGCUGAAGAAAGAAAGCGCGCAAGCGAGUCAUCCGCUAUUGUGUCCGUGGUAUCAAACUCCCACUCUCCCGCUGUUUCCGUAACCAGCGCCCCCGUAUUCGAUGAUUUUCCUAUGGGAAAUGCUCGCCGUGUGACUGGAAUGACAGGAGUCGGUAACAUGGUGGGAGUCACCGGUGUCGGCGGCGUGCCCGCUAUCGGGGUGCCUGGAGUGGGCGCCGUGCCGGGAAUGAGCGCGGUCACUAACACCAGCGUCAUUUCUGGAGUUGUUAACGUCAACAGUGUAGCCGGAGUCGGGGCAGUAACGGGUGCGGGUGGCGUACCCACAUUGCCUUCGAUGGUGGAAUACAAUUUGCAACAAUUGGCAAGCAUUGCCGAGAAAGAAGUUCCGCCGCCGCCUCAUGCAUCGCCCGCUCCAUCUUUCACUCUUGCCGAGCUGCUAGCUGGAGACCUAAACUCCCCUCAAGCCUACAAUAAUCUGCAGGCGCUCGCCAAGCUCGGAUUAAAUACGGAUGCUAACAAUGGUUAUGGAGGAGUGGGAGGCGUGGGCGGUAUCGGCGGGGUGGGUCCGCGCGGUGUGUCCAUCGGGCGGCCGCUGCUGACGGCCGCCGAGGAGGCCGCGCUGGUGGCCCCUCCCGCGCCGCUUGUGCGUGCUACAAAGGCUACACCUAUGCACAUUAGGUUCAAGUUCGGACAACUCGGAGGGGGCAAAGGACAGUUCAACGCUCCGCAUGGAUUCUGUCUUGGAAACGAUGAGGAUAUCAUUGUUGCUGAUACUAACAACCACCGCAUUACGGUGUUUGAUAAAUCUGGCAACCACAAGUUCAACUUUGGAGUGGCUGGCAAGGAGGAGGGCCAGUUGUGGUAUCCGCGUAAAGUGGCUGUCGUUCGCGCCACCGGCAAGUUUGUUGUUUGCGACCGCGGGAACGAAAGAUCGCGUAUGCAAAUAUUCACCAAAAAUGGGCAUUUCCUGAAAAAGAUUGCUGUGCGCUUCAUCGAUAUUGUUGCCGGGUUGGCCGUGACCGCCGAGGGCCUCAUCGUUGCCGUAGACAGUGUGACACCUACCGUUUUCAUUCUAUCUGAGGAGGGCGACCUCAUGAGUUGGUUCGAUUGCAGCGAGUGUAUGAGAGAACCUUCGGACAUUGCCAUUAGUGGCAAGGAGUUCUACGUGUGUGAUUUUAAAGGGCACUGCGUUGUAGUGUUUGACGACGAGGGACGGUUCCUGCGUCGCAUCGGCUGCGAGAAUGUGACCAACUUCCCUAACGGCAUAGACGUAUCGGACGCCGGCGACGUGCUGAUUGGAGACUCGCACGGCAAUAAGUUCCAUGUCGCCGUUUUCUCGCGCGAUGGCGUGCUUGUCACCGAGUUCGAGUGCCCGUAUGUCAAGGUUUCUCGUUGCUGUGGAUUAAAGAUUACUUCUGAAGGCUACAUCGUCACUCUGGCUAAGAAUAAUCACCAUGUUCUAGUCCUCAACACCCUUUACAUUGUUUGAGGAGUAAUUCGAUGGCUGUAAGUCUGCAUACUACAAGAUCUCACAUUUAUUCCCUAUAUUUUAUAUUUUAAUUGCUGUUUUUACAAAGCUUAACGUUUUUGCUAAACCAGUAUUUGACUACUUAUUUUCGUUGUUUUGUGUUGAAUUUCACAUUAGUCUGAUUUUUAAUAUGUACUCUGUCCAUAUGCAGUGCUUGCAGUUCUUAAUUUUCAUCAUCUGGCAUUUGAAGGUGACAAAUAAAGCAUCGCUGCGUAUGGAUAGAUCUUAUGAGUCAUUAUUUCCAAAGUACUGAUACUACUAUAUACAAUAUUUCGGUUUGUUCAUUUCUCAUUUUAUACAGUUGCAUUUAGUUAUAGUAACGCAAAAUCCAAAGUUUAG